AAAAAUCACCGGCUAUAUUUUUGCACGAAAGAAGUUAAAGCAGUGGUGAAAUUAUUGACUAUUAGUAAUAGCUUCUAAUUUUGUUAUCAUUGUGAAAUUAUUGAGUAUAUAAUUGUAGACUGAAAGGAAAAACUCCAACACAAGUAAAAUGGUUGUUAGACCCUAUAACGAGGAAUUAAAAUAUUUGGAAAAAAUCAGCGACUGCUGUUGGCGCAUCAAGAAGGGCUUCCAGCCCAACAUGAAAGUGGAAGGAUGCUUUUAUGUCAACGAAAACUUGGAAAAGUUAAUGCUGGAAGAAUUGAAAAACUCCUGCAGACCUGGUGCGGUUGGUGGUUUUUUGCCGGGUGUUAAACAAAUUGCCAAUGUAGCUGCUUUGCCCGGCAUUGUGGGCCGCUCCAUUGGUUUGCCAGACAUACAUUCCGGCUACGGUUUUGCCAUUGGUAAUAUGGCUGCAUUUGAUAUGGAUGAUCCCUUGUCUAUUGUAAGUCCUGGAGGUGUAGGUUUCGAUAUUAACUGCGGCGUGCGUUUGUUGAGAACUAAUCUGUAUGAGAAAGAUGUACAGCCUGUUAAAGAACAACUGGCCCAAAGUUUAUUCGAUCAUAUACCUGUUGGUGUAGGAUCCAAAGGUAUUAUACCUAUGAAUGCCAAUGAUUUGGAAGAAGCCUUAGAGAUGGGCAUGGACUGGAGCUUACGAGAGGGUUAUGUAUGGGCCGAAGAUAAGGAGCAUUGUGAAGAGUAUGGUCGGAUGUUAAAUGCUGAUCCCUCUAAAGUCAGUUUGAGAGCCAAAAAGAGAGGUUUACCCCAGCUGGGUACUUUGGGUGCUGGUAACCAUUAUUGCGAAAUCCAAGUGGUGGACGAAAUUUACGAUAAAUGGAGUGCCUCAAAAAUGGGCAUAGAAGAGAAGGGUCAAGUAUGUGUAAUGAUACAUUCUGGCUCUAGAGGUUUUGGUCAUCAAGUAGCGACUGAUGCUUUGGUGCAAAUGGAAAAGGCCAUGAAGAGAGAUAACAUCGAAACAAAUGAUCGUCAAUUGGCCUGUGCACGCAUUAACUCACCCGAAGGCCAAGAUUACCUUAAGGCAAUGGCUUGUGCUGCUAACUUUGCUUGGGUCAAUCGUAGCUCUAUGACUUUCCUCACCCGCCAGGCAUUCGCUAAAAUGUUCCAUACCACCCCCGAUGAUCUCGAUAUGCAUGUUAUUUAUGAUGUCUCGCACAACAUAGCCAAAGUAGAAAAUCACAUUGUGGAUGGCAAAGAGAAAAGACUGUUGGUACAUCGUAAAGGCUCUACCCGAGCUUUUCCUCCCAACCAUCCUUUGAUACCUGUCGAUUAUCAAUUGACUGGUCAACCUGUUUUAGUAGGUGGUACAAUGGGUACCUGUUCCUAUGUUUUAACUGGCACUGAAAAAGGCAUGCAAGAAACAUUUGGCUCAACCUGUCAUGGAGCGGGUCGUGCUUUAUCUCGAGCAAAAUCUCGCCGUAAUUUAGAUUAUAAAGAUGUUUUAGAAAAGUUAGAUGAACUCGGUAUUGCCAUUCGUGUGGCUUCACCCAAGCUGGUUAUGGAAGAAGCUCCCGAGUCGUACAAAAAUGUCACCGAUGUUGUUGAUACUUGUCAUGCUGCCGGCAUUAGUAAGAAAUGCGUUAAACUAAGACCCAUUGCGGUAAUUAAAGGUUAAGUCUGCUAGCAAAACACAUAUGCAUGUGUUGUUUCAAAAUUUAUUUAUAAUUGCAUUAAAAUUUGUUUCAAAUUUCCAUUACUUUACAAUUAUUUAAACAUACAUAAAUAAUUAAAAAUUCUAUUUAGUUUCAUAGAUAAGAAAGUUUAUGAAAUAACAUGACAUAAAAAUAAAGUUUUUUUAUAUGAA